AUGGCCAGACUGGACAGCUACACCUCAGCAUCGCUGCUGCCAUGGUGCAGCAGCUACUGGCUGCGACACAUGGCGCGCGCAAGCCAUGCGCAGCACUGUGGGCUAAGCCUGCGGCGCGAUCUGGGCAAUCGGCCAGAAGGCUCCUGCCGGCUCCUCACACAAGACGCGUGUUUGUUGAUUGGGCUGCUCGCUUCAACGCUGCAGGGGCCUGUGGAGGAGGAGAGAAGAGGGAAGGAGGCACAGAGGGGAAGGCAGACGAGAGGGGGUCUCGAGGCUCGUGCGCAGGACGGUGAUGCCGCGGAGCAUCGGCUGCUGCGGCCGCGCCCCGGCGAGCCCCGAUGA